AUGACUAUCAGAACAGCGCGCCCAAACCGGGCACAACAUUUCCAGCCCCGUUUGUAUUGCCUCAAAAAGCUGGAGUCGAUUUUGCUAGAAAUGCAGGACCCAAAAAUUGGAGUUAAAGGUACAGAGCAGAAGCUCAAUAUCAGUACCAUCCCACAUGUCAUUGCUGGUAAUGACAUAAUUGCUUGGAUUAGCAACAAAAUGAAGACCAGUACAGAAGAGGCUCAGGCCUUUGGCACCAUGUUGGUAGCUUAUGGUUACAUCUACCCCCUGCAGAACCAUAAGAAGCUGGUCAUGUGCAACGACAGCAGCCUGUACCGUUUCCAGACUCCUUACUUCUGGCCAACACAGAAAUGGGUCCCAGACGACUCUGAUUAUGCUAUUUACCUGGCAAAGCGGAACAUCCGGAAGAAGGGCAUGCUGGAACCAUAUGAACAGGCACAUUACAAUCACCUCCAUGAAUGGCUGAACCACAAAUGGGAUUUCAUUGUGAUGCAAGCAACUGAACAGUAUAAGGCUGGCAAAGAGAGGAAGAAGCCAGAUCGCGUGGUGUUUGACUGCCAGGAGAGGGCGUACUGGAUGGUGAACAGGCCUCCGCGUUGUGCUCACAGUGCCAUGGACUGUGGUCCAGACAGGCUCAUUGACCCAAACACAGAUGAGAAAACCACUUUUGAUAUCCAUAGACGCAAGAACAUGUUCUAUCAACAAGCUAUCAUGAGGUCCAAGGUCAAAUCUAGCGUCUCUCUGGGAGCGCUGGUCAAAUACAUCACAACCUACAAAAAUCACGACCCAUUCCUGGCUUCCUGUCUACCCAGCAACCCCUGGCAAACAGACCAUGAUGCAUACUGGACUCUCAACAUGAGAAGGGUUGAAGUUCCUACUAAAAUGCGUGUGGAGCGCUGGUCCUUCAGCUUAUUCGAGCUGCUGAGCGACCUGCGAGGGCGAGAUGACUUCAAGAUCUUCCUUAAGAAGGAGUUCAGUGGUGAGAACUUGGCUUUUUGGGAAGCAGCAGAAGAACUGAAGUGGGGAACCGCAUCGUCUAUGUCAACAAAAGCUGAGACCAUCUUCAAGACCUUCCUGGCCCCUGGCGCCCCCCGCUGGAUCAACAUUGAUGGCAGGACAAUGGGUCUGACAGUGAAAGGUCUGGAACAUCCUCACCGCUAUGUGCUGGAAGCAGCACAGACGCACGUCUUCAUGCUCAUGAAAAAGGACACGUUCUUCCGUUACCUCAAGUCACCUACAUACAAGGACAUCCAGAAGAAGGCACUGAACCCUGAACAGCACAACUUCAGUCCUGCCAAUCUGGAGCAAAAUGCUCUGAACCGGAGCCCGGGCAUCCACCCCAUCAUCCUCUGGCAGCAAGAAGAGGAGGAAAAAGCCAAGGUUGCCGCUGCCUCCGCUCCAGUGGAUGUCAAGGCCAUGAUGAGCAAGAUCGACAGGAAGAAGUAGAAAAAUAUAGUGCAGGUGUGUUUGUAUGCACGCAGUUUGGUUCAAAGCAGUCCUCUUUGUAGCUGGAUACAUAAAAGGUGUCACUUUACUUAUUGAUGGUCUCCCGUUUUAGUAACUGUGAGUUAAUUUAAACUGUAAGGAAAAACUUUAUUGGCUUUCAGGGCCAAGAUCUGGAGAAACGUGGGCUGAGCCAUCAAAAGCUUUUCUUCUGUCUGUGCACAGAUUACAUUUCAUUUGCUUGUUUGAGUGAAAUACUCCUAAAGACUGUCAAGUUAUAGUUUGACAAACAAUCAUUUACAUAUCACAUUUUCUGAUGUAUUUAAAGCUGUUCCUCCAGUUUCUACUAGUCAGCGGAUCAUCUUUCAUGUAUAUUGUGCUAACACAGUUUGUUAAUAACACUCCUACUGUUGUGAAUAUAGAACUGUAGCUGCACAUAUGCACUGCUGUCAUUACAGGGUUUUGUUUUGGUCUUAUUAGAUUAAAUGUGUCACAGUCAUGCAAAAUAGCAUUUCAGUGCAUGUCAAUGAAAGAGUAUCUGUGUAGCAACCAAGUGUGGACCAUGUCCCCAAAAUACAAAUAAAUAAAAGAGAAUAAAUAAGCUCAACAUGUCGAAGACUUUGAAUGUCACGGCUGAUUUUUUUUCCUUUCACUAUUCUUCUUUUAAUCAGCCAACAUAAUCAGUCCCUACUGAUAUAUCAAGGAUACAUCAAUAUUGGCAUAAAUACUGUGUUUGUAUUCAAAUCAAAAAGAGUUUAUUUUAACAGAGCUGUGCAAAAACACGUUGGUGAUCAUUUAACAUGGUGUCUGGAGGAGGAGCUUAAACCUCGUCGUCUCUCAGCACUGUAGGCAUCUGUGGCUCAGAGGCUACAGUAGGUUGUAUCACUGGGUAAGUUUAUAAGUAAGUAACAUUUAUUUACAACAAUUAAAGCACAAUAAAUACCAAAGAGAACCAUGUUCAAACAGAAGGAAAAUGGUUUAAUCUGCUGAUUUAAAGGUUUUUAACUGUUUUUAAAGACUCCACAGAGCUUAAGUGUGAACUGUUUUAAAGCCUUGGAGCCAAAGACUGAAAGAUUCUGUCCUUCUUAGUCCUCAGUCUUACAUGAGAUACAAAUAGUUUAGAUGAGAAGUGUGGAGAGCGACCAUCCAAUGCUCUGUAUGCUGCAGCGAUAAUCCUGAGCCAUCUGUGGGUGGAUGAGUGUGAGUGUGAGCGAGAUGAAGUACAAAGAAGUGAUGUGUGCUAAAUGUGUAUUCAUGUUUGAAUUUUAGGUAAGAAAAGGCUCUAAAUGUGUCCCAGUUCUGUUUAUGCUUAAGAAGUACACAGCUGUCGUCAACAAGUAUUUUCAUGAUAAGUUGCCAACCUGAGAAACACUUUCUAUCAAUCAACACUUUCAGCAUCUUUUUAAACCAAAGCUCCAAAAGGUGAUAGAAUCCGUGGUUAGCAGAACCCACAGUGUGACAGUAAACAGCAGGUAUGCACUGAAUAACAGGAGGACCAGAAAAAUAAGUUUGAAGUUAUCGACCUGCCAUGCUGUCAGCCACACCAGGGCACGCUUAAGCAGUUAUGCUGAAACUCUGUUAGAAGCCAGGAUGAACUACUUUUGCCAAGCACCGCCCUUCCUGGUGUCCAGAGUGUACUUGCUGCACUAAUUUUAGCUUUUCAGAACUAGUAACAAGGUCACACCCCCACCCCCAGCUUCAUCACCUUGGGUUUUGCAUGCCCUCUUGCAACCUUUGGAAGCAGUGCAUUUAGCUGGUCUCUGAGGUCUAUCACAGCGGGGAGGGAGGUCACACUCUGCAGCAUCCCUGUUGUGAAUCAAGGUAAACUCAACUGCCAACAUGAACCUUUGCCACAGUCUGAGCAGAGCCCUCUGGAGCAGGUCACCAUACACUGACUAGUCUCCCAGUUCCUGCUGUCAAAACAUCCCCGCAGCCCGAUACUGCCCCCACCACACUCACUGCAGUGAUGGUACUGGUCAGGUGCUGAGUGCUGCCUGUUUACUGCAGACGUGAGCUUUGGCUUUCAGGCCACAGGUUCAACAUUAGCUUCAUCAGACCACACUUUGGCUGCCUUCUUGCUUCAGUUGGGUCAGCUCACUAACUAAGGACCUUCAGUUGUCCAGAUUGGUUCAGCUCUGGGAAGAGUCCUGGCGCUCCCAUUUAGGAAUGAUAGUGGAAACUGUGGUCAAUGUGCUUCAAUGCUGCAGAACAUUUUCUGGACCCUUCCCCAGAUAUGUCCCUCGAAACAAUCCUUCCUCUGCGGCCUGCAGACAGCUCCUUAGACUCCAUGGAGUGGUCUAUGAGAUCUUAGACAGGAGUGUGUGUAACACACAGCUAGCUGCUGAGGCUCAACCAGCUGUGUGUUACACACACUCCUGUCAGCAUCUCCUGCCACGUCCCAGCACACCACUGAAACAGGGACAGAACAAUCAGACAGGUAUCAUCUGUGGCAGCUAGCACUCCCGUAGCACCAGCCCUGACCAACACACCUGAGCUCGUGUCACGGUAAAGGCUAUGAAUACUCAAAUACUACUCACUGUUCUUUUUAUUUCAUACUAGAGAUGGCACGAUACCACUUUUUUAUGUCCGAUAC